AUGGUCUGGCUCGCCUCGACGUGGACCUUGCAGUGCAAUAGCUACGCCCUACUGCUCCCGAUGCUGCUUGAGACGGUGCUCCUGUGCGUCAUUCUCUGGCGCACGCUCCAUCAGCUCUACUGGCGCUCCCAUCCACGCCGCGUAUGGCUUCAUUUGGUCCUGCUACUUACGUGUGCCAUGCGGCUGGUUUUCUGGCUGUCUAUGUGCACGCCAAGUGUAUUAGGGUUUGGUGUGGCGUGUUUAUGGUGGUCGAAUUCCAUGGUCCUGCUCUGUACAGCAGCCGUGAUCUUUCAAUGGUCAAGUGCAGUCAUGGCUGGACAAGCAGGAACUGUUCAAGAGUUGCACCGGUGUAAGCGGAUCACAGUGUUGCACCCACUUGUGCUUUUGCACGCCAUGCUCUUGAUCUGGACGACUGUUAUUGCCAUCCACGUGCUGACCCAUAAGUUGGGCACUUUUACCAGCGUGGCAGGCUAUGCACGAGACGCCGCGUCGCUUUUACUGGCCUACCGCGUUGUGAAUUCAGCUACCUUGAUCUUUGAUGUCAUUGUCGCGUGCUACGUGGCAACUCGGCUGCGAGAGCGAUUACUUGCAGCUGCAAUGGCAGAAGAUAUGAAGAAAAAGUCUGUCCUGCAGAUGACGCUGCUCAUGGCUCUGCUGACAGCGUCGUUGACGUUACAGAUUAUCAUGGAUGCACCAAUUAUUAUCUCGGGAGCUGAGGACUCGUGGUCGUCCCUAAGCUUUGAAGCGUUUUGCAUUUGCAAGUAUCUGGUUCCAGGGGUUGUCCUGAGCUUAGUGUUUUUGUACAUUAUGCGGCGUGUCGAACAGCGUGAACCCAGAAGGACAAUGGUGAUGCCGUCACGGUCGCUAGUGGAGUUUGUGGAAUGUUCAUCGACAGACUGCGUGUGGUGCGCGCACCAUCAACGGUACCAUUUGAGUCAGCACAAGUGGGACGCGACGCUCAUGACGCCGUUCUCGCCCCAGACAGUGGACUCGAGCGAUCAUUCGUCGACGUACGCCAACCUCUCACAAGGGUCGUGGUCAUCAAGCAGUACGCCAGAAUUGUUGCCUUCGACCUCAUAUUUGACUCAGGACAGCCAUCACCGCCUCUAUGAAGCUUACUCGCCGCACCUCCAUGCGCACCCAUCACGUGAGCGGGUGCACCUUCCACUGCAGACGCACGGAGAUUAUGAGUCACCACGAGAUAUUUUAGGAAGACGAAUAGGAUGUUACAGCUGA